AUGUCGUCUGCCGCCGCCUGCAUCUUCUGCAAGAUCAUCAAGGGAGAAAUCCCUUCCUUCAAGCUGUUCGAGAGCGACAAGGUCUUCGCUUUCCUCGAUAUCGGGCCUCUCAGCCGUGGCCAUGCGCUCGUCAUUCCCAAGUUCCACGGCGAGAAGCUGACUGAUAUCCCCGACGACCACCUGCUCGAGAUCCUGCCCGUCGCGAAGAACAUCGCCAAAGCCAGCGGAGCCGUGGAUUUCAAUAUCCUGCAGAACAACGGCACCAUUGCGCACCAGGUUGUUAACCAUGUCCACUUCCACAUGAUCCCCAAGCCCAACGAGCAGGAAGGUUUGAUUAUUGGAUGGCCUCAGCAGUCCGCGGACAUGGACAAGCUUAAGGCUCUCCACGAGGAGAUCAAGGCGAAGAUGUAA